UUUCAGAAGUCAAAUGGGAAUGACGAGUAUGACGUCAACGAAUAAACGGAAAGCGUGUGUCAUCGACAAUCUGCUAGAGGCGAAGCGCACACACAACUUGGCACAAAUGCGGCAAGAAUUGGCGUCACUAUGCGAUAAGAAAUCAGAAUUUCUGCGAGCACAGAAAAGGGCAUCACUCUUUGUGGACAGUCGUCGUAUUGGUGCUCCGAGUAUCAUGAACGAAUUUUCCGUGAUUUUUAAAAAAGCUUGUGAGCUCCCAUUGGAAGACGCAGAAGAGCAGAGAUUAUUGAUUGAAGAUAUUAUAAAAGAAUCGAUUGUUAUCGAGUGGCCGAGGAUAUUUCCAGGAGUACAUCCAGAUCAACCAGAAUCAGAACUCGAUUUUGCUCCACUUAUUCAUAGAGCCAGAAAUGUUGUCAAAUGCAGAACAAGUCAUCCGACAAUGCGUGUCAAAAUCUUUGCAAUAUCGGAAAUGAACGAGCUCGCAUCUCCUCAAGUCGUCGAGACAUUUUACCGAGCUUCCCUUGUCAAACUCUGCGGCGACAAUCCGGAUGCAAAGCUCAGACAAAUCGCUGGAAAAAUGAUAUUAACCCAACGAGAGGGAAUCGCAGCAACCAAAAGCGCCGAGCAAAGUGGAGCUGUUGUAAAUUCAGAGGGAAAACUUUUGUGCUCACAGAGUUCAAGCAAUGCUCAAAUUUUACUAUUUGCAAAUCAGCUGAAUGAGCCAAGUGUUCGAACAACUUCUUUGAAAUAUGAUUAUGGAUUCCUAUGUGCCACGUUUCCAGAAAUGGGGGUUACAUUGAACUCGAUGGUGGAUCGUCGGCAGCUCGCAACUCGCUACGCUAUUCAACUUGAAGUACAUCUGAACAUUGAUAAUAAGAUCAUAGUGGUUCAUUCCCUGAUCACCCAUCCCUUCCUGAUUGCAAUCACCAAUGACCAGACCGAGCCACUUUUGCAGUCGAUUUUCUGGAACAGACUUCUCAAUUGUGAUCAGCAUGACGCAUCUGACUACUUCCCUGACAAAAAUCAACUUCCUUGGGGUGUCCUUUGCCAAGCUCUUCGAGCAUUUAUCAAGUCACAAAUCCCACAGGCAAGAUUCCUGACAGAUUAUGAGCUCAAACACGUCCAAGCGAUGCUUCUGCUCCCGCGGAUUCUUCGUUGUGGAAGUCGAAAUGAGCUACAAUUGCUCGAAAUCAGUCUUUUCGGUUCUGUGGAAAACCAACAACGGGAUUUGCAUGAAGAGAUGAAGCGUCUACGCAAUCGGUUGCUCCGCGAGCCUGUCAUGGAUAGUUUCCCGGUUGAGAGGAAGGAGUUCAUCACGGAGAAAAGUAUUUCUAUUUUGGAUAUGAGCACAGAGUUGGGCCAUACCACGUGGCAAUGGCUUCACAGAGCAUGCGAAAUGAUUCAAGAUGUUGGGCACAAGUUGUGUCCAUCUCCAGCUUGUGAGAAGAAAUCUUCAAAGACAAAGAAACAAAUGGCAGCGUCUGAGGAUUAUCAAACUGUUAUCAGUUUGUUCAAUAAAGGAUUCCUCACAUUCUGUUCGACCCAAAAAACUGAAUCUUGUUUCAACUACGUCGAAAAAAACUCAUCAAUGCUCAUGAGAUUCUGCGAUGAAAACAUUGGUCACUUCUCAAUUUGCUACGGUAUUGAAAACGGAAAACCAAAGAUUGGCUCAAUUUCCGCAGAGCAAGUGAAAGAUUUUAAGCAAGGACUCCCUGAAAUGUUGAUUGAUGAGCAUUAUCCAUCCAAAUAUCAUAGUUUGAUUCGAAUGAGUAUGGAAGAUGAAGAUGAUGGCUCACCGGCAGUAUCUGUUCAGAAAAGAGAAAUAUUUAAUAAUUAUAAAACCGAGAGAAGAUCAGUGGAAAGUGUGUCGAUAAUGGAUGAUGAGACAAAUCGAGUCGAUGUUUUGAGUGGAGCACUUCUUGCUCGACAGUCCCCGUCUCCACAGAAUUUGAACCCGUUUGUUCCAAAUAUUGAUAUCGCCGCUUUUACUAAUAAUAACUCCCAACUUACACAAUCAAUAUUCCCACUGCUUCACAGUCUAAGCAGUAACCUGGACAUAAGUACUUUACUCAAAUCUUUCACAAGUCCCCCAACUAACGAAGAAGAUCAUGAAAUGUCAGAUACAUCAGGAGAUGAUCCUCCAACUUCAUCAAUUGCUUCAUUACUUCAAAGUACAGAAGUUCAUGGUGAAGAUGUAAAUGACACUGGAAAUAUUGCACAACUUCUUCUCAAAAACUACCAAUAGCUCUUUCAAUUGUACAUGUUAACAUAGUCUUUCGUUACUUUCUUUCUUGUUAUUUCUCCUAGUGUUUUUCAAAUGAAAACUGCAUACCAUUGUUUCAGUAAGACCUGUUUUAGAAUAGAAAUGGUUUUUUGUGGGAUUUGUCUAUCACAGGCUUGAUUGUUUCUUUCUUUUUCAUUUUUUAUAAUUUUUUUUGAAUAAAUUUUCAUUUCUA